UGCUCCUAGUCUGUUCACCUCCAACAGAGGAACUUUCCUGGAGUUCUCGGAGAUCUGCAGAAGAGCAGCUCGGCCUUCAGGAGACAGAGAGCGGAGCGACGACCACCGAGGAGCGCUACACGGUACCCGCCUGGUUUUUAUAUUAUUCACCAGCCGUUACUGCUUUACCAUACCGGGAGGAGGUAUACCUACAGGAAUAUGUUCAGGAAUAUAACCGUUUUCCUCACGUGUAAGAAGUAAAGUCUCGGACAUAUUUUUUCCCCAAAACUUAAACAACUCAGUGUUCGGUGUGGAUAUGGCUUGGAUUAUAUGCGGCCUGCUGUUCUCUCUGGGUCUGUUCCUCUCCUCGGUGUGUGUGCCGGCGGAGCAGCGCGGCUUCAGGCGGCUGUACGUGCUGCAGCCCGGCCCGGGAGCCGGAGCCGGCGGCCCGGCGCGGCUCAGCUCCAUCUCCACGCGUCACGGUGCAGCGGGGCACACAUACAACGUGGAGCUCAACGCGGAGCUCGGCGGCCCGGUGCGGACCCGCAGGAUGGGGAACCAGGCGGACUCCGGUCCCGGUGGGCAGAGCCAGCAGCAGACCGUGAAGCUGUCUGGGGUGAACGUCUGUGGAGGGAUGUGCUGUCACGGAUGGGCCAAAACUCAGGGGUCCCAGCGGUGCACCAAACCCAACUGCAGCCCUCAGUGCCAGAACGGUGGAAUGUGCCUCCGGCCUCAGCUCUGCGUCUGCAAACCUGGCUCAAAGGGGAAUGCAUGCGAGCAGCAGACGGUGCCCACACACCCCUUCCCUCUGCCGGGGAGUGGACCCACCAACGGGCACGGCACUGGCUCCUCAAACGGACACACGCAUGGACACAAUGGGGUUCCCCACCGGCCCAUACCUCAGCAGGCUGCUCCUAGUGGUUACGCCCCCCUUUCAUCUAACACCAUGGCCCAGAUGAAACUAAGUGUCAAGCCAGCCCCCCAGCAUGUACGGCCACAUUACGUCCAACAACAGAUCCGGCCCAUCCCCAUGCACCCAGGUCAAAGCCAGCAGUAUGUUAUAAAGCCCAAAUACUACCACACACACACUACACACACACAGACACGUGUCCAAUCCCAACCUGAGAGGCCCAUCCCCUUGACCGUGGGACACAACCCCAUCCACGUGGGCAACCAUACAGGGAGGAUCAAGGUGGUCUUCACACCCACCAUCUGUAAACUAACCUGCAUCGGAGGAAGAUGUCACAACAACUGUGAGCUGGGAAACACCACCACCAUCAUCAGUGAGAACGGCCACGCCACCGACACCCUGACAGCACCCAACUUCAGAGUAGUUGUGUGUCACCUGCCCUGUAUGAAUGGGGGGAAGUGCAGCACCAGGGACAAGUGUCAGUGCCCCCCCAACUUCACCGGGAAGUUCUGCCAGAUGCCCGCUCGGAGCGGCCAGCAGCAGCCGGCGGGGGGGUACAGCCAGACCCAGGUCCACUCCACACACACCCUGCCGCUGACCUACAGCAACGGACAGAACCCUGUGUUCAAUCCCAGCAUCGUGAACAUCCACAUCAAACACCCCCCAGAGGCCUCGGUCCAGGUGCACCAGGUGUCUCAGCUGGAUAACUACCACAACAACGGGCAGCCUCUGAAGGGGUCCCACUCCAGCUCCUCCUCCAGCUACACCUACCGCCACACGGAGAGCAGCCAAAACAUCCAGCACCACGGCUACAACAUUGUGUACCCCAGCCAGCACGUAUACCAGGUCCCCCAGUACCAGCCCGUCACCUCCAAGAACACUCUGGGGCGCUGCUUCCAGGAAACAGCAGGCAGUCAGUGUGGGAAGGCUCUGCCAGGCCUCACUAAGCAGGAGCAGUGCUGCCAGACUAUCGGGACGUCCUGGGGAUUCCACAAGUGCCAGAAGUGUCCAAAGCAACCAUCUAUUCCUCUGAUAGAUUGUCCUCACGGUUACAGGAGAAUCAACAGCUCCCAUUGCCAAGAUGUAGACGAGUGCCAGCUGCAGGGUGUGUGUCCCAAUGGAAACUGUCUGAAUGCUGUGGGGAGCUACAGGUGCACGUGCAAACCAGGCUUCGUCCCCGACUCCACGCUCACCACUUGCAUAUCCAACACCCCUGCCAUCCCAGAGGAAAAGGGGGCUUGCUUCCGCUUGGUCAGCUCAGGGAGGCAGUGUUUGCACCCAGUGUCCACCCAGCUGAGCAAACAGCUAUGUUGCUGCAGUGUGGGCAAAGCCUGGGGCCCUCGCUGUGACAAAUGCCCCCCUCCAGGAACAGCCAAGUUCAAAGACAUCUGUCCCGGUGGGAUGGGCUACACUGUUCUACCCAAUCCGCCUGUCAAUAAGCCAAUCACCAUCAACCAGGAGCCCAUUGAGAUUCCUCCUCAGCCCCUGCCCACCCAAGAGAGACCAGUGGAGGCCUUUGGGAAGCCAGAAGAGUUUAUACCAGUAGCAACAACUGCACCAGAGCAGGAGCUGCUAGUUCCUGUUAGUGAUAGGCCAGUAGUUGAGCCCAUCCUGCCCCAGCUGUCUCCGGGUGUUUCCACUGUCAAGAUGGAGGCAGCCUACCCAGAGGUUGUUGAGAGGAGCUCUCCGCCCGCCCCAGUGGAGAUCCUCCCGUCUAACGCCGGACAGGGCAUCGCUCCCACACAGUCCGCUGAGGUAGACGAGUGCCAGAUCAGCCCUUUCAUCUGUGGCCAGGGGAUCUGCUACAACACAGCGGAGGGAUACACCUGCCACUGUGAUGAGGGGUACCGCCUGGAUGACGCCCAAACCACCUGUGUAGAUGUAGAUGAGUGUUUGGAGAGCCCGCCCUCUUGUGUUGGCGGUCGCUGCGAGAACACAGAGGGCAGUUUCCUGUGUGUGUGUCCGGAGGGAUUCCUCGUGGAUGAAGAGGGGACUAGUUGUUUAGAUCUAGAUGAGUGCCAGGACCAGCGGACCUGCACCCGGGGCCACUGCCAGAACACUGAGGGUUCCUUCCUCUGCCACUGUGGCCCUGGCUUCAGAGGGUCUUUGGCUGGAGACGAUUGUGAUGAUGUGGAUGAGUGUUUAGAAGAAGCCCGGCCCUGUGAGUCCGGGGGGGAGUGUGUGAACAACAUGGGGUCCUACACCUGCUCCUGCCCCCGGGGGUACCGGCAGGUCAACGGCACCCGCUGCUCAGAUGUUGAUGAGUGUGUGGAUGAACCAGAGCUCUGCUCCCCCCACGCGGAGUGUCUCAACACAGAGGGGUCCUAUCUGUGUGUGUGUGAGAGCGGGUUCAGUGCCAGCAUCCACACGCCCUCCUGUGACGAUAUCGAUGAGUGUGGGCUCAACGACACUCUGUGUGGCCCUCACGGCUUCUGUGAGAACCGGCUGGGGUCUUUCCGCUGCCUCUGUGAGCAGGGCUACCAGGAGGCCCCGGGGGGCCAGGGCUGUGUGGAUGUGAAUGAGUGUGAGCUUCUGAGCAGUGUGUGUGGAGAGGCCCAGUGUAAGAACACUGACGGAUCCUUCCACUGCGAGUGUCCCAGCGGACAGGACUACAACGUGAUGAUCGCCAAGUGUGAGCCCGUUCCCACAGUUUCCUCAGUGGAGCGUAAGGAGUGCUACUACCGUCUGAACGAUGAGAAUCUGUGUGAGAGCGUGCUGACCAGCCACGUCACCCUGCAGGAGUGCUGUUGCACCCUGGGAGCUGGGUGGGGGGACAACUGCGAGGUGCACCCCUGUCCUGUCAAUGGCACAGACCAGUUCAAUCAGAUGUGUCCGUCUGGAAGAGGUCUUAUUCCCAAUGGAGACUUAUUGUAUGGGGUACCCACAGCUGGCAGCUACAAAGACGCAGAUGAGUGUGCGCUGUUCGGCCAGGAGGUGUGUAAAGGAGGCUUCUGUUUGGACACGGUGGGCAGCUAUGAGUGUUACUGCAAGACCGGACAGGACUACGACCCUGCCAGACUGGAGUGCAGAGACAUCGAUGAGUGUCAGGAUGAGUCGGUGUGUGCUGGUGGAGAGUGUAUGAACACAGACGGCUCAUACAUGUGUUUCUGUACACACCCCAUGGUGCUGGACCCCAACUCCAACCGCUGCGUCUUCCCCCCUGAGGAGGCUGAGGAACAGGAGGCGGCCCAGCUGGUAGACUACCAUGGUGGAGUGUGCUGGCAGGCGGUGACAGAGUCCAUGACGUGCACGCGCCCGCUGGCUCCACACAUCGAUACCACAUACACAGAGUGCUGCUGUCUGCACGGGGAGGCCUGGGGCAUGGACUGUGCCCUGUGCCCCCCCAGAGACACAGAGGAUUAUGCGUCCAUGUGUAACCUCGGCUGGCGGCGGGCGUACGGUCGCGAUGCGCUUGUUGCCGGCCCGACCCAUGAAUAUGAAGUGGACACUGACUACUCCCCAUCCCCUGAGCAGGAGGGGGCCCUGCCUUUUUACGAGAACGAGGAACUUCCGUUUAAGGCCUUUGAGGGUCUGCGGGCAGAGGAGUGUGGGAUCCUGAACGGCUGUGAGAACGGGCGCUGUGUGCGGGUUCAGGAGGGCUACACCUGCGACUGCUUCGACGGAUACACCCUGGACCUGUCUCGCAUGGCCUGUGUCGAUGUGAACGAGUGCUCGGAGCUAAACAGUAGGAUGUCACUGUGUAAAAAUGCAAAGUGCAUUAACACAGUGGGUUCCUAUCAGUGUGUGUGUCUGCCGGGCUUCACUUCCUCUGACAAACCCAACUACUGUGUGGAGGCAGCAACACACCGAACAACACACACAGCGAGCAGGAACCGACACUAGGGGGCGCCAAGAGACACUAAAACACACGCACAAGCUUGUAUUACUAUACUUGUGAGGACACCCUCUGACAUUCAGCCACUGCUAAAUCUUUAACACCAACCUAGAAGGGAAACUCCCUGCUCUGGUUAAAUUAGGCAGGAAACACCUCACAGCUGCUCAUCUAGAGUGACCACGAGGAAAACUUUUGAUUCAACGUAUAAAAAAAUCAGGUUGUUUCCCUUUAGACUGUAAAACAUAUAUGUUAAAUCUUUGCCCAAAAUCAAUUUAUCUCAAAAACAUUAAACUUUUAAGUUACUUUAGAAUCAACCCAAUCCUAACACAAAACGCACUCCAUAAUUUGGAAACAAAUCCACGGCAGCUGUUUACCAGUGUCAUGUAUUUUUACUAAUGUCCCUUUACUACACCAUUGAUUUUCUAUUCAGUACUUUUUCUAGUUUUACAAUGUGGAGUUUUAAUAUUUUAAAUAACCCUUCCUAAAUAUUAUAUAUAUUCCUGUUACUAAUGCUUCAUUUUGUAGAAAUCAUAAAAGCAUGAUUUUCGAUGGAUGUUCACAGACUACGCUGUUAACACUGAAGCUUGCCUCACUGUCUUUGUUUAAAGGAAUUUAAGAUUGUAGGAUAUAAUGAGUUCUUUCCAAGAGUUGGAUGGGAGAUUUCACGUCUGUAUACAGCUGGCUUACCCUGAAAACUGGAAGCAGCACCAUACAACAUCUAGUAAUAUAUCCAUGAGAAAUAUUAAGAAGGAUGUAGGGUACAUGUCAUUGACAGCUUAUUUCAUUCCAAUAGGAAGUUUUAAGGGCAUUAUGUAUGAUAUUCCAACAUGUAAAAUGGAAAACUAAAAUGUAGUGUUGCAGGUAGUAAAUAUGAAGAAAUUGAUUCACAUUCUUAUCACUAGAGGCCUUCUGCUAGAGCUUUAAAGGUUCUAAAUUCCACAUUCAGAGCAUCGAUUGUAAAGGUAUGUAAGGGAUAACGUGAGCACAGAUCGAACUCAAAGGGGGCCUGAGCACCAAUCUUUUUGCCCUCAAAUUACAAGAGUCCCUUUUCAAAUGUACUUUAUUUUACAAACAGUAAAUCUCUGUUUGCGCACAUGUAACCCAGGUAACAAAGAGUUAACCACACAGAAGUGAAUUUGCACAUCGUUGUAAAGAGUGCUCUUUAAUGAAUAAGGUUCCCUCUGACAUCCUCUGCACGCUCCUGAGGAGAAGUGAGCAGAGAAUUACGUCCUUCUUCCUCUGCUGUUGUCGUAAUCUGAGCUUCUGUGUUUGUGUUGCUUGCAUAGUUAGUGCAUGUGAGUCCCUGUGUGGGUGUGUGUAUCCCUGUCCCACUGGCAGGGUCCAUGUGCUCUGAAUUUGGAAUUUAGCUCCUUUAAAGAAUCCUUAGAAAUGUAGAGAAUAUUUAUAGUCGUCUCUGAGUAACUAACCUCUCACGUCCCUUCACAUAUGAUGAAAUAUCAGAAUAUAUAAUAAUCAGCCUUUUCUUUCUUACUUAACAUAACAUUUGAUUGAUUUCCUGAAUCCCUCAUUUUAAUGUAUGUUUAUUUUGGUGUAUGGAUUUACAAUUAUGUUUGUACUUGUUAAAGUUAAUCAGAUGGCAAAUGCUUAAUUGUAGCCAACAACUUUUAACUUUUAUUUGACAUGUGGAAUGACUAUCACAGAGGGGUGGAUCUACGUGUUUGUCUUCCAGAGCUUUAUCACUGCUUUUAUCCUUGAGGAGACAUUUGGUCCUUAAAAGUAUAGAAAUACAACAAACACACACACACAUACACACACAUGAAUUAACGCCCAUAUACUCUGCACUGUAUAAGAUUCACACUACAUGAAACAAACAGUUAUGUACUUGAGAUGAAGAUUCAGCUUAAUCUACUAUGUGGUGCCGAUGUGGGGAUAGAAACAGAAUUGUAUGAAAUUUAUGUUUUGUUUGGUAUUUUUCUAAGUUUGUUUCUCUACUUUAAGUGGUCUUUCAUGUGUAAAGGCCUUUUUACUCAUUUAACGUAUUGACAAACCCAUUGGACUCGUGCUGGGGGAUCCAGUAGUUAUUUUGUACCCAGUCAAAGUGAUUGUGGAUAUUUAAUUAUGUGAAGAGGCCGAAGUGGCUCCCUCUCUUCCUCCACUGCCAUCCCUGUGUCUGCCUUAAAGAAAAGCUUGUUUCUACACUACAGCACCACCAAAUCAUGCUACAUUGCUUUAAUUUGUAAUGUUCUAAAGAAGGUUUCUCCUGUAAAGCCUUUGAAAUAAGCCUUUAGUGGGACUUAGUCUUUGUUUUGUAAGAUUCUUACUAAGAACUAAAAGGCUUUCCUGCUUUUUCUUUUUCUUCUCCAUUCCUUCGUAUGUUGAACUGACUGAAAUGCAUUUUUAUUUUUCGUACUUGUCGUUUUACUGCAAAGUCUUGCCAGGUUGUAAAGCUGCUAUGGGACAGCGAUGGGAGAGAAGAAACUUGUGUACAUUUAAACAAAAGAGUGGAGAAAACAACUGUAUUUGUAAUUUCAACAUGAAUAAAUAGCUUUUUCUAUGAAUUCAUAUUACAGUGUACAUUAAACCCCUUGGUAAUAAACCACCAAUUGUGAUAUUUGCA